AUGCCCCCAAGAAGGUCCCAUAAGAAGUCCAAAGCUGGCUGCCAAAGAUGCAAGAACCGCAAGAUCAAGCAUGGCGUUCCGUGCGACUUCGAAGGCCCUAUAUCCCCGAAUACCGCCGCAACACCCACAACUCCUGUCUUCUUCAGACAAGACACUGUAGAAAGCAGCAGCCAUAUGUCCUCUUUUUCGACUCCUCGAACUACAGCAUCUGCCAUUGUCCCAUUCUACCACCAGCCACCAUCGUUGAUCAGAGCGAAUCAAACUCUUCCUUCGUCGCGAGCUUUGGAGCUCAAGCUUAUGCACCACUUCACGGCCCGAACAUGCUUGACCUUCUCGGAUGGAUUGGAACAGAAUAUGGCGUGGCAGGUUGAUAUACCGACCAUUGCAUACGAUGCUCAAUAUCUGAUGGAUGCUAUUCUAGCGGUCUCUGCUCUUCACAUGCGAGUCAUGUAUCCUGAGGAUCGAAGUCUGAUUAGAGCUUCACAUGGGUAUAUGGCAUCGGCACUUGCUCAAUACUCUUCACUCUUAACCCAAGGAGUCUCGGAGCUCAAUUCGGAAGCGCUCUUUUCUACAUCAGCAUUGAUAGCCUUCCAAGCUUCGGCAUCGCGGCUCUUCGAUGAGGAUGGGCCGUAUAGCCUCCCACUAGCGUGGUUCCACUCUUUCCAGGGCGUCAAGACUGUGGUCAUGGCAAGCUGGCGAUGGCUCCGCACAAGCAACAAGAUAUUCCCAAUUAUCAAUUCCCAGCCAGCUUUGUUUUUGGACCUCGAUCCAGAACGGAAGCAUUUUUUCGCACCGCUCUUAGACGAUCUUGAGGAGCAUUUACAGACCUUCCCAGAAUCUCUACGCAUGGAAACAAAGCAAGCAUACUUACAUGCUGUAGCUUUUCUUAACUGGGCACAUCGACGGCCAGUACGGAACCGCAUCCUAGGUUUCGCAGCCGCAGUCUCGAGGCGUUAUGUGGAUUUGGUGGCGCAACACGAUCCUCGAGUGCUAGUCAUCACAGCAUGCUUCUUCGCUCUGACUAAAAUGGUCGACGACGUCUGGUGGCUCAAUGGCAUCGCUAAACGAGAAGUCAACGGAAUUUGUUCACUCCUGCCUUCGGAUUGGUGGCCAAAAUUGGAUUGGCCACUGAGAAUUGCUAAUCAUGAGGGACCGAUGGACGACGAGACUUGGGGUUCGUCAUUGUCUGAAUUACAUAGUUUGAAGAAAGAGGAGAAUAAUGUGCAUGAGCAUAUUGAUCUUUUGGCGCAGAUCAUCAAUGAGAGCAAUCCGCCACUAGAUUGA